AUGGCCUAUAAUCAUAAUUAUCUUGCUGCAGUUGGUGUGUCAAGAGAGAGGGUUGAGAAGAAAAUAAAAGAAUUUCUGGACCAAUUACAAAAUUCAAGUGAAGAUAACAACAGCCUACCUAUUCCAGAGAAGAUGGAGAAAGAUGAUUUUGAGAUUGUGAUGUUCUCUGAUGAGAAUAAUGAGAAGAACAAUAAGACAGAGAAUGAUUGA